AGAAAAACAGUAGCGUCUGGAGAGGAAGAAGCAGCUUAGAAAUGCAAUGGAAAUAAUUAGCUAAAAAGAUUGAAGAGUCGGAGACUGAGAAUUAUUUAAUUUAAAAUAAUCAAUAAAAUCGAAGAGUUAUUAUUCAAGGGGGGAGAGAGAGAGAGAGAAUAGAGGGGAGAGAGAGUCUCUUCAGUGUACACCGACUCUGGAGUGGUUCUUCUAAUCAAAGCUUACUCUUUCUCCAUCCUCUCGGCCGCUCGCCGUGCGAGGCAGCGGGGGCUGAGUGGAGGGGCAUCUUCGUUUGCUGUGCUGUUUUGGUCCACCCUUUGUCCAAUCGGCUAUGGACAGAAGGGAUCGCUGGUUUUUAGGGUUUCAUUUGUUGUGAUACAACUCUGGAUCUGCUCUUUCUGCUUGCCCUUUUACCUUCUGGUUUUCGAGUCAUCUCGGCUGAGUUCGGGCUCUGCCAUGGCAUUGGAGGAUAUCCCAUCUAACGCCCAGCGAUUUAGGAAGAUACACCGCAACUCAUGGGCUUCCAACUUGGAGCUAUACCCAUUGCUUGAUGAGAGUUUGGAACAGUGGCCACAUUUAAACGAAUUGGUUCAAUGCUAUAAGGCUGAUUGGAUAAAAGAUGAAAGCAAGUAUGGACACUAUGACAGCAGCGCAUCCUUUUCAUUUCAAAAUCAGAUAUAUGAAGGCAUUGACACAGACAUAGAGACAGAAAUGCGACUUGCUUGUGCAAGAGAUUCCAAGGUUGAUGAUGUUACUGAUGAUGAUGUCCCUAGCACCUCAGGAAGACCAAUUUCAGAAUCUGGUUCUUACUCAUCUCGGUUGAAAGCUGCAAGUGUGCAUUUUGGUGAUUCUCCAUUGCCAGCAUAUGAACCCACAUUUGACUGGGAAAAUGAAAGAUUAUUGAUUUUCGGGCAAAGAACUCCUGAACCAUUUCCAACUCAAUGUGACAGUGGAUUAAAGAUCUCAGUGAAAGUAUUAUCACUAUCAUUCCAAGCAGGACUAACUGAGCCUUUCUAUGGUACCAUAUGCUUAUACAACAAAGAGAGAAGAGAGAAAUUGUCAGAGGACUUCUAUUUUGAUGUUAUUCCAACAGAAAUGCAGGAGGCAACCAUUUCUUCAGAUCGGAGAGGUUUUUUUUCUUUAGACGCUCCGUCAGCCUCAGUUUGCCUGCUGAUUCAGCUUGAAAAACCUGCUACAGAAGAAGGUGGUGUUACUUCAUCUGUUUAUUCUCGCAAAGAACCUAUAAACUUGACUGAAAAAGAAAAGCAGAAGCUGCAAGUUUGGUCUCGGAUUAUGCCCUACAGGGAGUGUUUUGCUUGGGCUGUUGUUCCACUGUUUGAGAACCAUAACACUGUGUCUGGGGGUGGUGCUGCUUCUCCUGGCAGUCCCCUUGCUCCCAGUAUUUCAGGCUCAAGCUUCCAAGAUGGUGUUGGCGAACCUGUUGCAAAAACACCUUAUGAUGGGAAGCUUACCCAGGGCCCCACUGGGAGCUCAGUUAUUGUGGAGAUAUCAAAUUUAAAUAAGGUCAAAGAGAGCUAUACUGAGGACACACUUCAGGACCCAAAAAGAAAGCUGCACAAGCCUGUCAAGGGUGCAUUGAGGUUGGAGGUUGGAAGGUUUCGUGCAGACCAUAUUGAUUUGGACAAUCUUUCUGAAGAUGGAAGUUCCACCAACGAUUUAAAUGAUGUUGGUGAAAGUGUCGGACCAAGCGGAAAACACCCCAAUGAUGGUUCUGAUGGUCAUCGAAAUGGGAGUCUAAAGCUUAAUGGUGUUGAUAGGAGAAAACAGCACAGGUCUGCUCUGCAAAUGACCAGAGGAUGUGGCCUUCAUAACUGUAAUGAUGAAGUGUUUGAAGCAUUUGAUUUCAGGGUGAUGUUAAAAAGUGAGCCAUUCACACAACUUGUUCAUUGUCUCUAUCUAUAUCCAUUGACGGUCAGUUUCAGUCGCAAAAGGAACUUGUUCAUUAGGGUGGAGAUGAAGAAAGAUGACGGGGACAUUCGCAAACAACCCAUUGAGGCAAUGUAUACAAGGGGUCCUGGUUUGGGACUUCAAAAAUGGGCCAAUACACAGGUGGCUGUUGGUGCCAGAAUGGCAUCCUUCCAUGAUGAGAUUAAAAUUUGUCUACCUGCUCUUUUGACACCUCAACACCAUCUUCUAUUCACCUUUUUUCAUAUUGACCUCCAAACAAAAUUAGAAGCUCCUAAACCUGUAGUUGUAGGAUAUGCCGUGCUUCCUUUAUCCACUCCAGCUCAGUUGCAUAUGGACAUAUCUUUGCCAGUAAUGAGGGAGUUGGGUCACAAUUAUUUGCAAGAUGCUGGGAAGGAGAGAUUGGAUUAUUUGGAAGAUGGUAAGAGUAUCUUCAAACUUCGUUUAAGGCUUUGCUCUACACUAUUUCCAGUCAAUGAAAGAAUAAGAGAUUUUUUCCUUGAGUAUGACCGACAUAUCCUUCGCACAAGUCCUCCUUGGGGUUCAGAACUACUUGAGGCUAUUAAUAGUUUGAAGAAUGUGGAAUCAUCUGCCUUGUUACAGUUUCUCCAACCUAUCCUCAAUAUGCUUUUGAAUCUGAUUGGUGAUGGUGGUGAGACCCUUCAGGUUGCAGCAUUUAGGGCUAUGGUUAAUAUUUUGACCAGGGUACAGCAAGAGUCAUCUGAUGGGACUGAAAGGAACCGGUUUCUUGUGAAUUACGUUGACUACACCUUUGAUGACUUUGGUGGCCAACAAGCUUCGGUUUAUCCAGGUUUAUGUACAGUAUGGGGAAGCCUGGCACGCAGUAAGGCUAAGGGGUACAGGGUUGGACCAGUUUAUGAUGAUGUUUUGGCGAUGGCUUGGUUCUUCCUGGAGCUUAUUGUCAAGUCAAUGGCAUUAGAACAAAACAACAUUCAUUCAAACAGUCUUCCUCUAGGUGAAGAUAUUCCACCACUGCAGCUAAAGGAUGGUGUCUUCCGUUGUAUUGUGCAGCUAUUUGAUUGCCUUCUAGCAGAGGUUCAUGAGAGAUGCAAAAAGGGCUUAAGCUUAGCAAAACGCUUGAAUAGCAGUCUUGCAUUCUUCUGUUUUGAUUUGUUGUCAGUCAUUGAGCCACGCCUAGUUUUUGAACUGGUAUCUUUAUAUAUGGACAAAUUUGCUGGGGUCUGUCAAUCUGUGCUACAUGAUUGCAAACUGACUUUCUUACAGAUAAUUUGUGAUCAUGAUCUAUUUGUUGAAAUGCCUGGAAAAGAUCCUUCUGAUAGAAAUUACCUUGCAUCACUCCUAAUUCAAGAAGCUUUCCUCACUUUGGAUCAUGAAGACUUAUCGCAAAGAGCAAAAGCAGCUCGGAUUUUGGUAUUCCUCAUGUGCAAGCACGAAUUUGAUUUGCGUUACCAAAAGUGUGAGGAUAGAUUGUACAUUGCUCAGCUUUACUUCCCUCUCAUUGGACAGAUUCUUGAUGAGAUGCCUGUAUUCUACAAUCUGAAUACUGUAGAGAAACGGGAAGUCUUAAUUGUCUUCCUGCAAGUCAUGAGAAAUCUAGACGAUGCGUUCCUUGUUAAAGCAUGGCAGCAGGGUGUUGCUCGAACAAGACUGUUUUUCAAGCUUCUAGAAGAAUGCCUUACUCUUUUUGAGCAUCGGAGAGAAGGGGAUUGCUUGCUAAUUAACUCUAGCUCUCGUAGUCCUGAUUCUGAAGGGCCCAUUAUGCCCAAGUAUUCUGAUCUCCUUUCUCCAUCAAUUAAUGCAUACCUCUCUGAAGCUUCCCGUCAAGAACAUAGACCUCAGGGAACACCUGAAAAUGGGUACAUGUGGCACCGAGUUAGUCCACAGAUUAGCUCACCAAGUCAACCAUACUCUUUGCGGGAAGCUCUUGCACAGGCACAAUCCUCUAGAAUUGGAGCUUCAACAAGAGCACUAAGAGAGUCUUUGCACCCUUUAUUGAGACAGAAGCUGGAACUGUGGGAAGAGAAUUUAAGUGCUGCAGUAAGUCUUUUGGUUUUGGAGUUAACAGAUAAGUUUUCAAAUGCUGCAGCAUCACAUAGUAUUUCAACUGAUUAUUCAAAGCUAGAUUGCAUUACAACAAUACUGACAAGCAUCUUUUCUCGGAGUCAACCUUUAACUUUUUGGAAAGCUUUCUUUCCUGUUUUCAAUAAUGUAUUUAAUCUGCAUGGUGCAACGCUCAUGGCAAGGGAGAAUGACCGUUUUUUGAAGCAAGUUGCUUUUCAUCUUCUAAGGCUUGCUGUUUUCCGAAAUGAUUCAAUUAGGAGAAGAGCUGUCAUUGGACUUCAGAUACUUAUAAGGAAUUCUUUUUACUAUUUCGUGCAUACUACACGGCUCAGAGUUAUGCUGACAAUUACAUUAUCAGAGCUGAUGUCCGAAGUACAAGUAACUCGGAUGAGGUCUGAUGGAUCUCUGGAGGAGACUGGUGAGGCUCGAUUUUUAAGGAAAUCUUUGGAAGAAAUGGCAGAUGAAGAUAGGAGUUCAGAUCUAGUUAGAGAUUGUGGACUUCCACCCAACGCACUAGAUGCAAUUCAUGAGGGUUCCGCGGAUAACUGUUGGAUUUGGUUAGAAGUCAAAUAUCUAUCAGAUUGUCUUCUUUUGGCAUUGGAUGCUGGCACAGAACACGCACUUCUGGCACCUGUAAUGACUGUAGAUAGGUAUGCCGCUGCUGAAAGUUUUUACAAAUUGGCAAUGGCUUAUGCACCUGUUCCAGAUCUUCACAUAGUGUGGUUGCUGAAUCUAUGCGAUUUACACCAGGAGAUGCAAUCCUGGGCUGAAGCUGCUCAGUGUGCAGUUGCUGUAGCAGGUGUGAUCAUGCAGGCCCUUGUUGGAAGGAAUGAUGCUGUUUGGACUUCAGAUCAUGUUGUUGCAUUGCAGAAGAUUUGUCCCAUAGUUAGCAGUGAUGUUGCUGCUGAGGCAUCAGCAGCUGAGUUUGAAGGUUAUGGCGCAUCAAAACUUACUGUAGACUCUGCAGUGAAGUAUCUACAACUUGCAAAUAAACUCUUCGCUGAGGCUGAGCUUUACCAUUUCUGUGCCAGCAUAUUGGAACUGAUCAUUCCGGUAUAUAAAAGCAGAAGAUUGUAUGGACAGAUAGCGAAAUGCCUCACAUCACUGACUAAUAUCUACGAGUCUAUUGUUGAGCAAGAAUCGAGUCCGAUUCCUUUUAUUGAUGGUACUUACUAUCGAGUUGGAUUCUACGGCGAACGGUUCGGGAAGCUCGACAGGAAGGAAUAUGUAUACAGGGAACCACGUGAUGUUCGCCUGGGCGACAUAAUGGAGAAGCUCAGUCACAUAUAUGAGUCUAGAAUGAAUGGAAAUCACACUUUACAUAUUAUUCCUGAUUCUAGGCAGGUCAAUGCAGAGGAGUUGCAGCCAGGUGUGUGCUACCUUCAGAUAACAGCAGUCGAUCCUGUCAUGGAGGAUGAGGAUCUGGGAAGUAGAAGAGAAAGGAUCUUCUCCUUGUCCACUGGAGGAGUCCGAGGGCGUGUAUUUGACCGUUUCUUAUUUGAUACACCAUUCACAAAAAAUGGCAAGAGUCAAGGUGGACUUGAAGACCAGUGGAAACGUCGUACAGUUCUCCAGACGCAAGGAUCUUUUCCUGCUUUGGUGCACCGGCUUUUUGUUAUCAAGUCAGAAUCCAUGGAGUUUUCUCCAGUAGAAAACGCUAUUGGAAUGAUUGAAACUAGGACAGCUGCAUUAAGGAAUGAACUCGAGGAACCUCGUAGCUCAGAAGGUGACCAAUUACCCAGGCUACAGAGUCUACAGAGGAUUCUCCAAGGCAGCGUCGCUGUGCAGGUGAACAGUGGAGUCCUUAGCGUCUGCACAGCUUUCCUGUCCGGGGAGCCAGCAACGAGGCUUCGGUCACAGGAACUGCAGCAACUUAUUGCUGCUCUGCUUGAGUUUAUGGCGGUCUGUAAGAGAGCUAUACGGGUACAUUUCAGAUUGAUAGGCGAAGAAGAUCAGGACUUUCACACACAGCUUGUCAAUGGCUUUCAAUCACUAACAGCUGAGCUUUCCCACUAUAUUCCUGCCAUACUUUCUGAGCUUUGACAACCAUUUUCAGUGCAAGUACAUAACUGUCAAUAUGUUGUGCCAUUAUUCUUCUAGCAGCUUUCAUAAUUUUGUCAAAUAGGUUGUUUUAUAGCCACUAGAACUCGAUGAUUUAUAGCCACUGGAAAGCCCUUGGUUUCUUUUGUAAGAUUUUUGUGUUUAACCAAGUUGCUUGAACCAAUGGCUUUCGAUGGGGCCUGCAGCUCUACUGCUAUUUUUCCUUCGCACUUUGCAGCAAUUAGUAUAUCUAUUUGUUGGUGCCCAUCUCCAAAAGUAUAUUGAGAAUUGCUCUUUUGUCCUAAAUCUAUGCCCAGUCUUCCUUUAAAAAACAAAUGAUUUAUAUC